AUGAAACGAAAGACUCCAUUCACCUCAUCAGUAAAAAAUAAAUCUAAAUCAAGAUCAACACAACAUAUAGAAGAUAGUUCAUCAGAUGAUCAGUCAUCUAAGCAAGUAAUGGAAGAUAACUUAGAUGAACAGUCAAACGAAAAGGAAGUAGAAAAGAAACAAACUAUUUGGGAUCAAAUUACUCGAAAGCAAUUUAUAUCGGCUGUUAAGGAAUUAGGAUCUGAUAAAAAACAACUUGAUGAGGAAACAUGGCGUUUUAAUGAUUUCACCCGUUCUAAAGAAUCUAUUUGGAGCCGUUUGAUAUCGAAAUUGAAAUUAAAUCAAACAGAAAACAUACGUCAAUCUUUGUAUAAUGUUUGGCGACGAAAUCGUCAAAAAAGUGCAGAUGUUCUGUUCGAAAGUCAUCAGGAUUCAGUUGAAAAAGUUCAUAAAUCAGAUAAAGAAAAUAAAGUCGAGCUUCUUUUACCGAAAUCUGUGAAUAAGUCUACAGCGUCCGAUGAGUCUUCUCCACAUGCACAGACUCGUUCGACAGUUGAACAGGAAUCGAACACAUCAACAAUAGUUGAGGCAUCAUUCAUCUUGACUUUAAAAGACUGGAAAGACAUUUACAACAGCUCCACACGUAAAAUGGUACCAGGUUGGACAGAUAUGAUGUCUGAGAAAGUGCGUUCAUGUAAUUUUCGUUGUACCUUAGCUCUUAAAAAUCAUCAUGUUAGCCUUGAAGAGUCACAUAAAAUAAAUUCUUCUUUUUCUCAUUGUAUAGCCACGUGUAAGACGCCUUCAUGCAAGCGAACAUUUGAAGUUUUUAUCAGAGAUGAACCAAUAUAUAGAGAUAGUAUUGUUGUUCAUAUACGAGCUGGUGGAGACGAAGACCAUAGUGCAGAUGAAAAGGCAAUAGUACGACAUUUAACUGGAAAAGCUAGACUUGAAGUUGGAAAGGCAGCCAGUGCCAUCGGCUGCUUAAAAGUCUUACAACAAAAAGUAGAAAAUGCUGAUGAAGAAAUGUUAUCCGCUCGUAAUUUUACCGGAUGUGAGUCUAUGGAAGUUAUUAAACAUGCAGCAGCAGAUUACCGGAAAAAUUUUCAACUGGACGAAGAUAUUUUCCGAUAA